UAAAGAGGGAGAACUAAGAAACCGGGGACAAAAAGAAGAGGGAAAUCGCUAGAUAAAUAACGCCGUUCUUCUUCUUCGUUCUCUCCGCUACCUUCCUGAACACUCAAACAGAGGAUGGCGCCAAAAUCUGAUGACGCAGAAGGCCUGGUGCUGAGUUUCGUCAAUGAUCAAAAUAGGCCACUGAACUCCCAGAAUGUUGCUGAUGCCUUGCAAAAGCAUGGGCUGAAGAAGACCGCUGUUCAAAAAGCACUUGAUUCACUUGCUGACAGUGGACAGAUUUCUUUUAAAGAAUAUGGAAAACAGAAGAUAUACCUUGCCAGGCAGGACCGGUUUGACAUUCUAAAUAAUGAGGAGCUUGAUCGUAUGAAGAAGGAGAAUGGCAAACUGCAAGAAGAGUUGGAGCAACAAAAGAAAGCAGAAACCGAGAUUGAGGCAGAAAUUCGAGUUCUGCAGUCGAACUUAACUUUAGAAGAGAUUUACGCCAAAGAAGCCAAACUUAAAGCAGAGGUUGGACAAAUGGAGGCAAAACUGAGUAAGUUGCGAGAGGGGACAUCUUUAGUAAACCCAGAGGACAAAAAGAAAGUGGAGGCAACCUACGUUGAGUCAAUUAACUUGUGGAGAAAGCGUAAACGUAUUUUCAAAGACCUAUGGAAUAUGUUAACUGAGAACAUGCCCAAGGACCUCAAAGAAUUCAAGGUUUCUUCUUGAGGAGCUUGGAAUUGAAUAUGAUGAAGAUGUCGGAGUAGAUUUUCAGUCUUUGAGUUCUUUACUGAUGCAGAAUAAAAAGCAAAAGAGGUGCAGAUGAAUGUUCUUCAUGUCUUGUUAAGGCUUUGUUUUCAAGAGACGCUGUUAGCAUCAAGUGCUUUUAUGUUAGUGUACAUCUGAUGGAGAAGCUGUGCGAGUGAGUUCCUCCUCCGAAACAUCGAUCCUGUAUUAAAACCAACACAGUCAUAGAUGAGAUGAUGCUUGGAAUAUUUUGCUGUACAUUAAAUCGUCACCACGGUGGCAGUGUGACCAACGCUCAAUUUCAAUGGAAAGCAAAACCUUGUAUUAGACAGCCA